ACGUUACAUAGCCAAAUCCAUUGUAUAUAAGACCCCAAUUGGUUUCAAAAACUAUUUAGCAAGGAAAGAAGAAUUGUAAUAUUGGAGUUGCAGUAGUGUGGUAUUUUUAUUUUUAUUUUUUUGUUUUUCUGUUUUGUCCUUCCUGAUUGUUCCUCGUUGUAAGAAUAAUAAUUAAGAACAUAUGGACGGGAAGAGACUUGAAUACAAAGGUGAGGCCGCCUUGAAGGAGAUUGAGAGGCUGACGAGGAACGCUGAUAAAGUUCAGGAGGAUAUAUUGAAAGAGAUCUUAGAACGAAACCGUGAAACUGAGUAUUUGAGCAAGUUUAUGGAUAAAUCUGGAUCACCAAAAGAAUUUAAGCAGUGUGUCCCUGUUAUUACUUACAAGGAUAUUCAGCCUUAUAUCCGAAGGAUUGCUAACGGUGAAGAUUCCUCUCUGAUUACUGGCCACCCAAUAACUGAAAUGCUAUGCAGUUCAGGAACAUCAGCUGGGGAGCCCAAGAUGAUGCCAUCAAUUGCGGAAGAUCUUGAUCGUCGAACUUUUUUAUAUAAUCUCACCAUGCCAAUUAUGAACCAGUAUAUCCCUGGUCUCGACGAGGGCAAGGCCAUGUACCUCUACUUUGUCAAGGCUGAAACGUCCACACCUUGUGGUUUACCAGCUCGAACCGUGCUUACGAGCUACUACAGAAGCAAGCACUUCAAGUGCCGAGCACGCGACCCUUUCAACGACUACACGAGCCCUGACCAAGCCAUUAUCUGCAACGACAGCAACCAAAGCAUGUACUGUCAGUUGCUAGCCGGCUUAGUCCACCGCCACAAAGUUAUGCGGCUGGGAGCUGUGUUCGCAUCGGCUUUUCUGCGAGCCAUUUCGUUCCUCGAACGAAACUGGGUUCGUUUCUGCAACGACAUAAGGAAUGGUCAAUUGGAUCCGUUGAUCACCGAUCCCGAAUGCCGAACAUCAAUGUCCAACAUACUUUUGCAGCCGGACCCACUUCUGGCUGAUGAGAUCCAGAACAUCUGUAGCCGUCCAUCAUGGAAAGGUAUUCUUCGCUUGCUUUGGCCCAGAGCCAAGUACAUUGAAGCUGUGGUAACCGGAUCGAUGUCACAGUACAUACCGGCCCUGGAGUACUACAGUGGAGGAAAACUGCCUCUUGUGGGGACCAUGUAUGCUUCGUCAGAGUGUUACUUUGGGGUCAACCUGAAACCCUUAUCCGACCCGGCUGACGUGUCAUUCACCCUUUUGCCCAACAUGGGAUAUUUCGAAUUCAUACCCUUGAGCGACCAUGGGACACUUCUAAUGGACUUGGAUGAAGAAACCGAAGUGCCUAAAGAUAAGCUUGUUGAUCUUGUAAACGUUAGGCUUGGCUGUUAUUACGAAUUGGUCAUAACCACAUUUGCUGGAUUGUAUCGGUAUCGGAUCGGCGAUGUGCUGCAAGUGAGUGGGUUCCACAACAAAGCCCCACAGUUCAGAUUCAUAUGCAGAAGAAACGUGGUGCUGAGCAUAGACAAUGACAAAACGAACGAAGAAGACCUGCACAAGAGCAUAAGUGUGGCUAAGAAACUUUUAGAACCUUACAAUGCACUACUCGUGGAAUACACUAGCUUUGCUGACGCAUCAAAUGUGCCAGGCCACUACGUAUUAUAUUGGGAAAUAGAAAUUCUAAACCAUUCCAAUUCCUAUACCAAUUCCAACUCAAUGGAGGACAUUAUGGUUUAUGAUAAGGUGUUCCAAGAGUGUUGCAUUGCCGUGGAGGAACAGCUUGACUACAUAUACCGUCGUUGCCGCUCAUAUGAUAAGUCAGUGGGUCCACUUGAGAUACGUGUGGUGGAGUCAGGCACUUUUGAGGCACUUAUGGACUUGAUCAUUAGCCAAGGUGGUUCUAUCAAUCAGUAUAAGACUCCAAGGUGCAUCAACUCUAAUCCUAAGGCACUACAGCUUCUUGAUUCUAAUGUCAAGGCCUCUUAUUUCAGCCCAAGGGAUCCUAUGUGGAGACCUUAAUAUAGCGUCUUAAUAUUGUUUAUCUUACCAAAAAGAGAAGGAAAAAAAAAAUGUGAAACCCAUCCUUUUUUCAUUUUCUGUUUUUUUU